CAUUUUUCAUGCGGUGACGGCCUUGUAAACAACUAUUCGUGAGCUAAUCAGUUAAUCAUAUGCGAUUUCGUCUUUGCUAACUACUUUGUUGUCUUAUUGCCCACUAUCUGUUUGUGAAAUUGCUCGAGAGAAAGAAAAAAAAAUAGCAGAAACAUUGUGCUGCGAGAAUGACUGAUAAGUGGAAGAAGACAGCUCUUUUUGUCAUAGACAUGCAAAAAGAUUUCAUCUUGCCUGAUGGGCCGCUGCUGGUAGAUGGUGGUGCAGCUAUUAUCCCUAAUGUUAUUAAAGCUGUUGAAGUUGCUAGAGAACGAGGCAUGCUUGUAGUUUGGGUUGUUCGGGAGCAUGACAAAUUAGGGAGAGAUGUUGAACUCUUCAGAAGGCACUUGUAUAGCGAGAAGGGAGGACCUACUGUAAAGGGGCAUGAAGGUGCUGAACUUGUUGAAGGACUUGAGAUACAUGAAGGGGAUUAUAAGUUGGUUAAGACACGCUUCAGUGCAUUCUUUGCUACACACCUUCAUUCAACUCUGUUAGGUGCUGGAAUUGAUAGCUUGGUCAUUGUUGGAAUUCAAACUCCUAAUUGCAUCAGACAAACAGUUUUUGACGCAGUAGCAUUGAAUUACCCUUCAGUCUCUGUCAUUGUUGAUGCCACAGCAGCUAAAACACCAGAAGUUCAUGAUGGUCUGGCAAUUCUCUAUUAUUGCUAACAAUGUGGUUAUGGAGAAGGCGAACCAGAUAUGAGGGAAGCAUGUGUCAUAAUCAUAUGCUCAUAUAUACCCAAACUUUCUCUGAGAAAAUAGAUCUGCUCUCACUAACUUCGGGACAGGAAAAAAGAAGCUAUGUCUUGUUCUGUUACCUUGAAAAUUUGGUUGCUCGAAUAUGAGCUAUGACAAACUUGCUGUUUUUCCUACUUGAUAUUCCUCUUUUGGUCAUGAAUUUCAGUGUUAAUUUAGCAUAUUUCUUGCAUGGAGAAUACAACAUUCUCUUGAUAACUAAGUGACCUUCUGUCCUACACUCCUACUAUAACACCUACAAUAUGAGUUGUAAGAUCUUCAAUGUUAUAGUCUAUCUUGUCAUGUUAUGAGAUGAUUGUCUAUUACUUUA